GUCCAAAUGAUACGAGUAAGAAAUGAGCACAAGUUAACAUCCGGUCAUUAAUAACAAUAAAAUAAAAUGAUCUGGAGGGCCGGAUAAAAUUACCCAGAGGACCGGACCCGGCCCCCGGGCCUUGACUUUGACGGAUGUGCCUCGGUUUAUUAAAUAGAAGCUUUCACACUCUCAGUUGCUGGUACCCGACAUUUUUUACAGUGUAUUAAGUGUUGGGCUUUGAUUUGAACGAGCUGAGUGCCUUCACCGCCGCCGCCACCAGCAGCAGCAGCAGCAGCAGUCCCUGAACGCAUCCCUCCUCAUCAAUAUGCGCUCGAGCUCCAGCAUGUAGGAUCCUCUCUCUCAGUCAGACCCAGUCAAAGACGGACGGAGCGGAAGCAGUUCUCGGGCGCGCGGAGGCGAUGUGAGCCUCAACACCGCCGUGGUUCACAUGUGACUCCGGCCGCGACUUUUUCCCGAUCGACUUUCUCCCCCCUUUUUCUUCUUCUUCUUCUUCUUCCCUCCCCCUAGUUUUUUUAUUCUCUCGGGGGGGAAGGCGAUCAAUGGAUGUACUCUGGAUUUGGUAGACUGUUGAUUGGAAGAAGGGGGAGGGGGGGAGGCUCGUUGCAGUUGCCCGCGACUGUAAACACCGGGGGGGUUAAAUCAACAAUUAAAAGCCAAUUAAGGGAGGGAGGAUGAACGCUCCGCACAGGGUUCGGCAAAUACGCGUCCUGUCGGCGCUGGUUAUCGGUUCGAUUGUGUGCUGCGCCAAAAGCGUCAACGAACCGGGCAACAUGUCCAUCGUGAAGCAGACGGUGGAUAAACUACUGAAGGGGUACGACAUCCGACUGAGACCGGACUUUGGAGGUCCCCCUGUUGCAGUCGGCAUGAGCAUAGACGUGGCCAGCAUAGACAUGGUGUCAGAAGUCAACAUGGAUUACACCCUGACCAUGUAUUUCCAGCAGUACUGGCGGGACAAGCGUCUAGCCUACCUAGGAAUCCCCCUCAACUUGACUCUGGACAACAGGGUGGCUGACCAGCUCUGGGUCCCUGACACCUACUUCCUCAACGACAAGAAGUCUUUUGUCCAUGGAGUGACGGUCAAGAACCGCAUGAUCCGCCUGCAUCCAGACGGGACCGUUCUCUACGGGCUCCGGAUAACCACCACGGCUGCUUGUAUGAUGGAUCUCAGGAGGUACCCCCUGGACGAGCAGAACUGCACUCUGGAGAUUGAGAGCUAUGGCUACACCACAGAUGACAUCGAGUUCUACUGGAAAGGCGGCGAGUCGGCAGUGACGGGGGUGACGCGCAUCGAGCUGCCGCAGUUCUCCAUCGUCGAUUACAAACUGGUGUCCAAAAACGUGGUCUUCUCAACAGGUGCCUACCCUCGACUGUCUCUGAGCUUCAAGCUGAAAAGAAACAUCGGCUACUUCAUCCUGCAGACCUACAUGCCAUCCAUCCUGAUCACCAUCCUCUCCUGGGUAUCCUUCUGGAUAAACUAUGACGCGUCGGCGGCCAGAGUGGCUCUCGGGAUCACCACGGUGCUGACUAUGACCACCAUCAACACUCACUUGAGAGAGACACUACCCAAGAUCCCCUACGUCAAGGCCAUCGACAUGUACCUGAUGGGAUGCUUCGUCAUGGUCUUCCUGGCUCUUCUCGAGUAUGCCUUUGUAAACUACAUCUUCUUCGGGAGGGGCCCUCAGAUGCAAAAGAAGCUGGCGGAAAAAGCAGAGAAGGCCAAUAACGAGAGGUCAGCCAAGUAUGACGCAGCAAGGGAGGCAGGUAGUAGGACCGCAUCGCUUAAACGGUCCAAUCAGGUUAAAGGUCUUCGCCACUCACGCUCGGCGGAACCCCAUGGCCAUGGGAACAUCCUGCUGACCACCCUUGAGAUCCACAACGAGGUAGCUGGUGGUGAGAUCACCACAAGCGUGGCAGACAUUAGAAACUCUCAGUCCAUGGUCCAACUGGACAGCACGGCUUCGUCACACAUCCAGUACCGAAAGCAGAGCGGUGGGAUCGGACCCCGCUCCGCCAGCCGCCAUUCUUUGGACCGGUCUGCUCAAAUGAAACGCAGCCGCCUGCGGAGGCGGUCCUCCCAGUUAAAAAUCAAAAUCCCAGACCUAACCGAUGUGAACGCCAUCGACCGCUGGUCACGCAUCAUCUUCCCUUCAGUUUUCUCGCUGUUCAAUCUCAUCUACUGGCUCUACUAUGUCUGAUUGGACUGCUUUGUUUGAUGUUGUUUGAUUUUGUUAUUUCAUUCCUUUUUUUCGCUCUUUUUUUAUACGCAGUUGAAAAUGUGGAGUCAAAGACUGCAGUACUGCACUACUACAAGGUUUUUGGACCAAGUUCUCACCUAAUUUGUUUUUUAUUUAGCGUUUGAAUCCUCUGUUCUGAGGCUCUUUUAUUUUUUAUGUACUGUAAAUGCGACUUGUGAAAGUUAUUUCCUAACAUUUGCCCUCUCAAUAACAUGUAAAUAGUGAGAUACAAUGCCAGCAAGUGAUCUACUGCAGUAUUACAGUAUUACAAAAACAAACACAAAGAGGCAGUAAAAAAAGAUUUUUUAACAAAAAAUAAUCCUUUUACACAAGAGGCCAGUGCUGCAACAGCUCAGAAUUACUUUGAGGUGCACAAUUAUAAAUAAAAGUCUGUGAAUUUCUGUUGCUCAAACAUCUCAGACUAUUAAAAAUGUGCAUGUACCCUCACAGGUAAAUGGGCAGUCAUGCUUCCAAAAAGUCAGAUCGUAUCUAUAACCCUCACAAUUAUUAUAUGAAUAUGAAUACAUAUGAAUUGUGUGGGUUUUUGCAGACUUUCUUUUGCUACGUACACACCGGGCAUGUGUGGUGCAUUCAAGAACGCGCUUUCAUGGCGUUUUCACUUAAGUCUGUGACUACCAAAUACUAGUGUGAGAUGCCAAAGUGGUCCGAAUCUUGUUCUAAGCGUUUUCCUUCGCAGCACUUUUUUCAAUUUUCAACUGGUUAGCUCUUUUGAAAAGGACACUACCCAUACGUCACUACCACAUCAGAGUCCCUGAUUAGUUCAAUUGCCUUGUGUUUGGACGGACUUAAAGGGGCCAUACCAUGAUUUUCUUUCAACGUAAACUAUAUAUAUGAUAAUACAUUACCAAAGGAACACUAAAAAACUCUUCCUGAAAGGGGCUGUUCUCAAUCUAUAAUGUAAGCUUGUGAGGACCCGCUUGUUUUCAUGGGUAUGGGAGGGGCUGCAGGUUUUAGAGCACAUGUGUCAAAGUCAAGGCCCGGGGGCCGGAUCCGGCCCUCAUGGGUAAUUAUCUCAGGCCCUCUAGAUCGUUUUAUUUUAUUGUCAUUAAUGGCCCGAUGUUAUCUUGUGCUCAUUUCUAACUUGUAUAAAUUUGAGAAAACAUAUUUUUAUGGAGGGUAAAAUAUUGAUAGUUAAUGAAGGUUUAUUUGA